UGGUGAGAGAAAAUAAAUAGAUUUGAUGUAUAGUGGAGCAAGUAAUAGUAAUUUUAUCGAAAUAGUAGAUCGAUACCGCGUUGAUUAGAUACAAAGGUGAUUGAAAACCCACCGAUUGGCUUGUUUUAUCACAGUAUGGUUCCAUCGCCCCUAGCCAUGGCUCCGUGGUUGGAAUUGCCGUAUGAUAUACAAAACGUGACGCCAGAGGAAGACAAGGCUAUCAAGAAAUGUCUACUAGGAUACACAAAGACGUUCGUAAAAUGCGGCAAGAAGGGCUACGUGAUGCCGGGAGCGUUCAGGAAGCACGCGGAGGCGAUAUACAACAUGCGGGUCCGUCCAGAUGACAUCUGGGUCAUCACAUUCCCACGAUCAGGCACAACAUGGACGCAAGAAAUGGUCUGGUUGAUAGAAAAUGAUCUAGACUUUAAGGCAGCUAAGAAACAACCACUUUUUGACCGGUUUCCGAUGUUAGAAACUACCUCACAAAUACCAGAAGUUGCAUUUGAACUGAUUAAGGCAAACUUCAUGAACCUAGGCUACUUUCAAGGGCUGAACCUCGCAGUAAAGGUCCCAAGUUGGAAGACCAUAGACGAAGCACCAUCACCUCGAUUCAUCAAGACCCACUUACCCCUCUCUCUUCUACCACCAAGUCUUCUAAAUACUGCCAAAGUGAUAUACGUAGCAAGAGAUCCCAGGGACGUGGCAGUUUCAUAUUACUAUCUACAUAAAAUGGUUAGCAAGACCUUGAUGAGGUCAACGUUCACACAUUUCUGGGAUGCUUUCAGAAGAGAUUUGUUGCCAUGGACUCCUAUAAUAGAACAUACGAAUGAAGCAUGGGAAUUAAGGCAUAAAGAAAAUAUGCAUUUUUUAUUCUAUGAAGAUAUGAUAAAGGAUUUACCGAAGGUAAUACGCGGAGUAAGCAAAUUUUUGGAUAGAGAGUAUUCAGAAGAACAAGUGGGACAGUUAGCAGACCACCUUAGUUUUAAGAGCUUCCAAAAGAACAAGACAGUUAACAAUUCUGCUAAUGAGAAUGGGGAAAUUCAGUUUAUUAGAAAAGGUGAAGCAGGCGGUUGGAGGACACACUUCGAUGCCAAAAUGGUGGUGCAGGCAGACGAAUUCUUAUCAAAGAAACUCAAAGGUCUGAGUUUGAAGUACCCUUCUUUAUGUAAUACGGACGGUGAAACCACCUAUUUAUAAACGCCAUGAGAUAUCUAUAAUCUAUUUUUCCUUAGAUGACUUAAAAUGUAAACAAAUCGCAGAAAAUUUUACGGAGAAACGUCUAAGAUAUGCACUUUACCUGGCAUUUUAGACAUUCUGUGGUCAAUUCCAAAUUAACCAGUUCAUUGGAAAGCCUAGAACACCGCAGAGACGUAAGCUCUCUUUGCGUACCUAUUAUAAAUUAGAUAUGAAGGAGAGUGUUUUUUUUUUUAAUCUUGAUUUUUGGGAGUUUUUUCCAUUUGGAAAAUGCCACUCCGUAAGGCCACAUUAUAUACUUAACAACUUAUUUGCGUAAGGCCUUCUUGUACAGCCGUAACAGUGCCCUAG